AUGCACCCCUCCCGCCCCUCCCUCGUCCACAUCCUGGUUCCCGUCAAGCGUGCCAUCGACUAUGCCGUCAAGAUCCGGAUAGCCCCUGGCAACAAGGGUGUAGACACCAGCGUCAAGCACUCGAUGAACCCCUUCGACGAGAUCGCCGUCGAGGAGGCUGUCCGCAUGCGUGAGAAGCAGGGCAAGCUUGUGGAGAGCAUCACCGCCGUCUCGAUCGGUCCCCCCAAGGCCGUCGACACCAUCCGCACUGCCCUCGCCAUGGGUGCCGACUCUGGUAUCCACAUCACUGUCCCCGAGGGCACUGUUGUCGAGCCCCUUGCCGUCGCCCAGGCGAUCAAGAAGCUCAUUGAGCGUUCGGGCAACACCGACCUCGUCAUCCUCGGCAAGCAGGCCAUUGACGACGACACCGGUGCCACUGGCGGUAUGCUCGCCGGCCUUACUGGCUGGUCGCAGGCCGCUUUCGCGUCCAAGCUUGGCGUGUCUGAGGACGGCAAGGUCGAGGUCACCCGCGAGAUUGACGGCGGUCUCGAGAAGAUCGAGUCCAAGCUCCCCCUCAUCCUCACCACCGACCUCCGCCUCAACGAGCCCCGCUACGCGUCGCUCCCCAACAUCAUGAAGGCCAAGAAGAAGAAGAUUGAGACCCUCAAGCCCGAGGACCUCGGCCUCGACUUCACCCCGCGCCUCGAGACCAUUUCGGUUUCGGCUCCUGCCGAGCGCCAGGGCGGCGGCAAGGUCGAGACUGUCGCCGAGCUUGUCAGCAAGCUCAAGGAGGCUGGUGUCAUCUAA